AUGGAGCGAUGGACGCUCGCGUUCGGCUUCUCACACUGGCUGCGUCUCAGCGAGGAGGAGGAGGAGCGAGACAGAGGAGCACACAGAGUGUGUGGAGGUGGAGGAGGUCAGAGUGUGUGGAGGAGGAGGUGGAGGAGGUCAGAGUGUGAGGGGGAGGAGGAGGUCAGAGUGUGUGGAGGAGGAGGAGGUCAGAGUGGAGGAGGUGGAGGAGGUCAGAGUGUGAGGAGGAGGAGGUCAGAGUGUGAGGAGGAGGAGGUCAGAGUGUGUGGAGGAGGAGGUCAGAGUGUGAGGAGGAGGAGGAGGAGGUCAGAGUGUGUGGAGGAGGAGGAGGAGGUCAGAGUGUGUGGAGGAGGAGGUCAGAGUGUGUGGAGGAGGAGGAGGAUGUCAGAGUGUGUGGAGGAGGAGGAGGAGGUCAGAGUGUGUGGAGGAGGAGGAGGAGGUCAGAGUGUGUGGAGGAGGAGGAGGAGGUCAGAGUGUGUGGAGGAGGAGAGUGUGAGGAGGAGGAGGAGGAGGUCAGAGUGUGAGGGGGAGGAGGAGGUCAGAGUGUGUGGAGGAGGAGGAGGUCAGAGUGGAGGAGGUGGAGGAGGUCAGAGUGUGAGGAGGAGGAGGUCAGAGUGUGAGGAGGAGGAGGUCAGAGUGUGUGGAGGAGGAGGUCAGAGUGAGGAGGAGGAGGAGGAGGUCAGAGUGUGUGGAGGAGGAGGAGGAGGUCAGAGUGUGUGGAGGAGGAGGUCAGAGUGUGUGGAGGAGGAGGAGGAUGUCAGAGUGUGUGGAGGAGGAGGAGGAGGUCAGAGUGUGUGGAGGAGGAGGAGGAGGUCAGAGUGUGUGGAGGAGGAGGAGGAGGUCAGAGUGUGUGGAGGAGGAGGUCAGAGUGUGUGGGAGGAGGAGGUCAGAGUGUGUGGAGGAGGAGGAGGAGGUCAGAGUGUGUGGAGGAGGAGGUCAGAGUGUGUGGAGGAGGAGGUCAGAGUGUGUGGAGGAGGAGGAGGAGGUCAGAGUGUGUGGAGGAGGAGGUCAGAGUGUGUGGAGGAGGAGGAGGAUGUCAGAGUGUGUGGAGGAGAGGAGGAGGUCAGAGUGUGUGGAGGAGGAGGAGGAGGUCAGAGUGUGUGGAGGAGGAGGAGGAGGUCAGAGUGUGUGGAGGAGGAGGUCAGAGUGUGUGGAGGAGGAGGUCAGAGUGUGUGGAGGAGAGGAGGUCAGAGUGUGAGGAGGAGGAGGUCAGAGUGUGAGGAGGAGGAGGAGGAGAGUGUGAGGAGGAGGAGGUCAGAGUGUGAGGAGGAGAGGUCAGAGUGUGUGGAGGAGGAGGUCAGAGUGAGGAGGAGGAGGAGGAGGUCAGAGUGUGUGGAGGAGGAGGAGGUCAAGUGUGUGGAGGAGGAGGUCAGAGUGUGUGAGGAGGAGGAGGUCAGAGUGUGUGGAGGAGGAGGAGGAUGUCAGAGUGUGUGGAGGAGGAGGAGGAGGUCAGAGUGUGAGGAGGCAGAGGUGUGGAGGAGGAGGUCAGAGUGUGUGGAGGAGGUCAAGUGUGGAGGAGGAGGUCAGAGUGUGAGGAGGAGGAGGUCAGAGUGUGUGAGGAGGAGGAGGAGGAGGUCAGAGUGUGAGGGGGAGGAGGAGGUCAGAGUGUGUGGGGAGGAGGAGGUCAGAGUGGAGGAGGUGGAGGAGAGUGUGAGGAGGAGGAGGAGGAGGUCAGAGUGUGUGGAGGAGGAGGAGGAGGUCAGAGUGUGUGGAGGAGGAGGUCAGAGUGUGCGGAGGAGGAGGAGGAGGUCAGAGUGUGCGGAGGAGGUUAGAGUGUGUGGAGGAGGAGGAGGAGGUCAGAGUGUGUGGAGGAGGAGGUCAGAGUGUGUGGAGGAGGAGGUCAGAGUGUGUGGAGGAGGAGGUCAGAGUGUGAGGAGGAGGAGGUCAGAGUGUGAGGAGGAGGAGGAGGUCAGAGUGUGUGGAGGAGAAGGAGGAGGUCAGAGUGUGUGGAGGAGGAGGAGGAGGUCAGAGUGUGAGGGGGAGGAGGAGGUCAGAGUGUGUGGAGGAGGAGGAGGUCAGAGUGGAGGAGGUGGAGGAGGUCAGAGUGUGAGGAGGAGGAGGUCAGAGUGUGAGGAGGAGGAGGAGGAGGUCAGAGUGUGUGGAGGAGGAGGUCAGAGUGUGCGGAGGAGGAGGUCAGAGUGUGCGGAGGAGGAGGAGGAGGAGGAGGAGGUCAGAGUGUGCGGAGGAGGAGGAGGAGGUCAGAGUGUGCGGAGGAGGAGGAGGAGGUCAGAGUGUGUGGAGGAGGAGGAGGAGGUCAGAGUGUGUGGAGGAGGAGGAGAGUUUGAGGAGAGGAGGUCAGAGUGUGAGGAGGAGGAGGAGGAGGUCAGAGUGUGUGGAGGAGGAGGUCAGAGUGUGUGGAGGAGGAGGAGGAGGAGGUCAGAGUGUGUGGAGGAGGAGGUCAGAGUGUGUGGAGGAGGAGGAGGAGGUCAGAGUGUGUGGAGGAGGAGGAGGAGGUCAGAGUGUGCGGAGGAGGAGGUCAGAGUGUGUGGAGGAGGAGGUCAGAGUGUGUGGAGGAGGAGGUCAGAGUGUGUGGAGGAGGAGGUCAGAGUGUGUGGAGGAGAAGGAGGAGGAGGAGGAGGUCAGAGUGGAGGAGGUGGAGGAGGUCAGAGUGUGAGGAGGAGGAGGUCAGAGUGUGAGGAGGAGGAGGAGGAGGUCAGAGUGUGUGGAGGAGGAGGAGGUCAGAGUGUGUGGAGGAGGAGGUCAGAGUGUGCGGAGGAGGAGGAGGUCAGAGUGUGCGAGGAGGAGGAGGAGGUCAGAGUGUGCGGAGGAGGAGGAGGAGGUCAGAGUGUGUGGAGGAGGAGGAGGAGGUCAGAGUGUGAGGAGGAGGAGGAGGUCAGAGUGUGUGGAGGAGAAGGAGGAGGUCAGAGUGUGUGGAGGAGGAGGAGGAGGUCAGAGUGUGAGGGGGAGGAGGAGAGUGUGAGGAGGAGGAGGAGGAGGUCAGAGUGUGUGGAGGAGGAGGUCAGAGUGUGUGGAGGAGGAGGAGGAGGAGGUCAGAGUGUGUGGAGGAGGAGGUCAGAGUGUGUGGAGGAGGAGGAGGUCAGAGUGUGUGGAGGAGGAGGAGGAGGUCAGAGUGUGCGGAGGAGGUCAGAGUGUGUGGAGGAGGAGGUCAGAGUGUGUGGAGGAGGAGGUCAGAGUGUGUGGAGGAGGAGGUCAGAGUGUGUGGAGGAGGAGGUCAGAGUGUGUGGAGGAGGAGGAGGUCAGAGUGUGAGGAGGAGGAGGAGGUCAGAGUGUGUGGAGGAGAAGGAGGAGGUCAGAGUGUGUGGAGAGGAGGAGGAGGUCAGAGUGUGUGGAGGAGGGAGGUGGAGGAGGUCAGAGUGUGUGGAGGAGGAGGGUGGAGGAGGUCAGAGUGUGAGGAGGAGGAGGUGGAGGAGGUCAGAGUAUGAGGAGGAGGAGGUGGAGGAGAGUGUGUGGAGGAGGAGGUCAGAGUGUGAGGAGAGGAGGUGGAGGAGGUCAGAGUAUGAGGAGGAGGAGGUCAGAGUGUGUGGAGGAGGUCAGAGUGUGAGGAGGAGGAGGUGGAGGAGGUCAGAGUGUGAGGAAGAGGAGGUGGAGGAGGUCAGUGUGAGGAGGAGGAGGAGGAGGUCAGAGUCUGUGGAGGUGGAGGUCAGAGUGUGUGGAGGAGGAGGAGGAGGUCAGAGUGUGUGGAGGAGGAGGAGGUCAGAGUGUGUGGAGGAGAAGGAGGAGGUCAGAGUGUGUGGAGGAGAAGGAGGAUGUCAGAGUGUGUGGAGGAGGAGGUCAGAGUGUGUGGAGGAGGAGGAGGAGGUCAGAGUGUGUGGAGGAGGAGGAGGAGGUCAGAGUGUGUGGAGGAGGAGGAGGAGGUCAGAGUGUGUGGAGGAGGAGGAGGAGGUCAGAGUGUGGAGGAGAAGGAGAGAGUGUGAGGAGGAGGAGGAGGAGGUCAGAGUGUGUGGAGGAGGAGGUCAGAGUGUGAGGAGGAGGAGGAGGAGGUCAGAGUGUGUGGAGGAGGAGGAGGAGGUCAGAGUGUGUGGAGGAGGAGGAGGAGGUCAGAGUGUGUGGAGGAGGAGGAGGAGGUCAGAGUUCGUGGAGGAGGAGGAGGAGGUCAGAGUGUGCGGAGGAGGAGGAGGAGGUCAGAGUGUGCGGAGGAGGAGGAGGAGGUCAGAGUGUGAGGAGGAGGAGUGUGAGGAGGAGGAGAAGGAGGAGGUCAGAGCGUUAGGAGGAGAAGGAGGAGGUCAGAGCGUGAGGAGGAGAAGGAGGAGGUCAGAGCGUGAGGAGGCGAAGGAGGAGGUCAGAGUGUGUGGAGGAGGAGGAGGAGGUCAGAGUGUGGAGGAGAAGGAGGAGGUCAGAGUGUGCGGAGGAGAAGGAGGAGGUCAGAGUGUGAGGAGGCGAAGGAGGAGGUCAGAGUGUGAGGAGGCGAAGGAGGAGAGCGUGAGGAGGAGAAGGAGGAGGUCAGAGUGUGAGGAGGAGGAGGAGAAGGAGGAGGUCAGAGCGUUAGGAGGAGAAGGAGGAGGUCAGAGCGUGAGGAGGAGAAGGAGGUCAGAGCGUGAGGAGGCGAAGGAGGAGAGCGUGAGGUGGAGAAGGAGGAGGUCAGAGUGUGAGGAGGAGAAGGAGGAGGUCAGAGUGUGUGGAGGAGGCGAAGGAGGAGGUCAGAGUGUGAGGAGGAGGAGGAGAAGGAGGAGGUCAGAGCGUGAGGAGGAGAAGGAGGAGAGCGUGAGGAGGAGAAGGAGGAGGUCGGAGUGUGAGGAGGAGAAGGAGGAGGUCAGAGUGUGUGGAGGAGGCGAAGGAGGAGGUCAGAGUGUGAGGAGGAGAAGGAGGAGGUCAGAGUGUGUGGAGGAGGCGAAGGAGGAGAGCGUGAGGAGGAGAAGGAGGAGGUCAGAGCGUGAGGAGGAGAAGGAGGAGGUCAGAGUGUGUGGAGGAGGCGAAGGAGGAGGUCAGAGUGUGAGGAGAAGGAGGAGGUCAGAGUGUGAGGAGGAGAAGGAGGAGAGUGUGAGGAGGAGAAGGAGGAGGUCAGAGUGUGAGGAGGAGAAGGAGGAGGUCAGAGUGUGUGGAGGAGGCGAAGGAGGAGGUCAGAGUGUGAGGAGGAGGAGGAGAAGGAGGAGGUCAGAGCGUGAGGAGGAGAAGGAGGAGAGUGUGUGGAGGUGGAGGAGGAGGAGGUCAGAGUGUGAGGAGGAGGAGGAGGAGGUCAGAGUGUGUGGAGGUGGAGGAGGAGGAGGUUGGAGUGUGAGGAGGAGGAGGUCAGAGUGUGAGGAGGAGGAGGAGGUCAGAGUGUGUGGAGGUGGAGGAGGUCAGAGCGUGAGGAGGAGGAGGAGGAGGUCAGAGCGUGAGGAGGAGAAGGAGGAGGUCAGAGCGUGA